AACUUCGAUAUAUCGAUGUCUCUGACAUCCCUAGCUGUUGCCUUUUGCGUUUUCUUCCCUUUCAAUAUGGUGAAUGUACCAAAACAACGCCGCACCUUCUGCAAGAAGUGCAAGGUGCACAAGCUGCACAAAGUAACGCAGUACAAGAAGUCCAAGGAGCGAAAAGGUGCUCAGGGCAGAAGACGUUACGACAGAAAACAGCAGGGUUUUGGCGGUCAGACCAAACCUAUCUUCAGGAAGAAGGCCAAGACCACGAAAAAGAUCGUGCUGCGUAUGGAGUGUACUGAGUGCAAAUACCGUAAGCAGACUCCACUGAAGCGUUGCAAGCACUUCGAGCUGGGUGGUGACAAGAAGCGCAAGGGACAGAUGAUUCAGUUCUAAGCCGGAUCCCACUACUUUUGUAUAUCGAUGUGUUUGUAGUUUUGGCUUGAGUAGAACUAUUUGCAAGCACUUUAAAGGGUGUGCACAAGAGGAAAAUAAAGAAACAGUAGAUCUAAA